UCCGGUCUGCAGGUGUGGCCUGUCCUUACAGCUCCUCCCCGCUCCUGGCAUUUGUCCAUAGUGCGCUCCCUGCUCUGCAGUCCGGUCCUAUCUGCUGGUGUGGCCUGUCCUCGAAACUCAGUGCGCCCCCUGCCUUCUAUAGCCUGCCUUCUGGGCCCUGUUGGGACUUUAUAUGAUGUACUAUAUCUGCAGUCUCUGGUCAUCUCCUGUACUGUGUCCGCAGUCUCUGGUCAUCUCCUGUACUGUGUCCGCAGUCUCUGGUCAUCUCCUGUACUAUCUCUGCAGUCUCUGGUCAUCUCCUGUACUAUGUCCGCAGUCUCUGGUCAUCUCCUGUACUAUGUCUGCAGUCCAUUGGUUCAGAAUAUUUUUUUUCUAGUUUUCCGCCUCUAA